AUUGUAUCGAAAGUUCUAUUAAAAUCAGUUCAAAAUGUCCAAAACAAAAUUGUGAGAAAGAGAUAGAAUCUGUAGUUGAUAGCAUACCUGGGAGUCAGGAUCCUGAUUUAAUGGUUAUGUCACCUACAAUAUUUAAAAGCCCCAUAAUUACCCAAACAA